AUGAUUGGUGCUAUGCAAACCGGCCCUCAGCAUCAUCACAAUCAGAGUAAACCGUCUCGACCAUCCCCCAACCCCUCUUCUAGUGGAGUUCCACCUCGAGUUCCCGUAACGAGUGCGCACAUGAACAAGCCAUUACCCGCACCGGCUGCGAACCAACAUCGGACUCAUCCACUACACCCAUCACCACCUCCACAGAACUACGGAUUUGGGCCACCCCCUUCCCAGCCUGUGCGCAAUCGGCCCCAGCCUUCGUCCCGGCCCCCACGGUCUCCAAACCCGCCGUUGGCUGUCCCUGAUGACGAUCCGCAACAACUCUUCCCGCUGUUUCGCGCCGCCAACACAUCCCACACCGGUUCACUGACCGAGAUGGAGCUGGGCUCCGCUCUCGUGAAUGGCGAUUUUACCUCGUUUCACCCUAAGACGGUGAAGAUGAUGAUCCGCAUAUUUGACCGGAAUAGCAGUAAGACAAUCUCGUUCGACGAGUUUGUAUCGCUAUGGCGCUACCUUGCCGCGUGGCGGGAGCUUUUUGACCGAUUCGAUGUCGAUCGUAGCGGGCGCAUCAGCCUUCAGGAAUUCGAGAACGCACUCCUCGCAUUCGGAUACCGACUAAGCCAGCCGUUUGUGACGGUGCUUUUCACCACAUUUGAGAGCAAGGGACGGCAGAGGAAUGGACCUGCCCACCCCGCGAAGAUGGGAAUGAGCUUCGACCUGUUCGUGCAGGCGUGUAUCAGCUUGAGACGUAUGACGGACGUCUUCAAGCGGUAUGAUGAUGACCGCGAUGGUUACAUUACUGUGAGCUUUGAGGAGUUCUUGACUGAAAUCCUGCAACUACAGGACUAG